AACGUAGCGUGUUUAGUCAACCUGGUGGCGUUGAAGAACCAACUGUCGGCAUCGGAGAAGCUGCCACAGCCGACCUCGAGGAACUCACGGUUUCGGUUUCGGUGCGAGCGAUCCUGCGGUGCCGUUGCUCGCUCGCGUUCCAUAUAGUGUUCCAUGUUCGUUCGGAUUGAUUCGGUUCGAACCGUUCCCUGCUACUCGAUACGUGAUUAGUGCUGGAAAUACUUCGCUUCCAAAGAAAAUUUCACCUGCCGACAACAUGGUCAGCAAGAACCAGAAGAUGGUCGCGCCGGAGUCAGAUCCCUAUCUGAACCCGGCGAACGUGUCGACCAACCAGUCUUUCAAGACCUUCAUUUACAACCGUGAGACUGGCGCCUUCAUGGGCAGAACGGCAAGCAGUUGGGGUAAAAUAGGAUUGUUCUACUUGAUAUUCUACGGAGUGUUGGCUGGGUUGGUUGCAAUUUGCUUCUGGGGAUUCUUCCAAACGUUAGAUCCGAGGAUACCGAGGUGGCAGCUGGAACGUUCGAUAAUUGGAACAAAUCCAGGUUUAGGAUUUAGACCGACACCGCCACUGGAGAACGUCGAGAGUACAUUGAUAUGGUAUAGGGGAACAGACAGUCAGAAUUACAAAUACUGGGUCGAUUCGUUGCAAUCUUUCCUAAAAGAUUACAUAACACCGGGGUCGGUGCCUGGUCUUGGUGCAAACAUUAACAAAUGUGACUACAAUCAACCUCCACCUCCCGGCAAGGUUUGCGACGUUGACGUUAAAAACUGGCAACCGUGUACUAAAGAGAAUAAUUACAACUAUCACAAAUCCGCUCCAUGCAUUUUCCUCAAGCUCAACAAGAUAUACGGCUGGAAACCAGAAUUUUACAACGAUACGGAUUCGUUGCCAAAUAAAAUGCCUUCCGACCUCAAGGAACAUAUUACUAGCUUAAAGGGAAAUAAUUCUGUGCAACUUAAUACGGUUUGGGUCUCCUGCGAAGGCGAGAAUCCUGCGGACCAGGAGAAUAUAGGACCAAUUCAUUACAUACCUCGAAGAGGUUUUCCUGGUUACUUCUACCCCUUUGAAAAUUCUGAGGGAUAUCUCAGCCCUUUGGUUGCUGUUCAUUUUGUUCGUCCCCGCACUGGAAUUUUAAUAAACGUAGAGUGCAAGGCGUGGGCGAAAAACAUAAAACACAGCCGCCAUGAGAAAAUAGGUGCAGUUCAUUUGGAGUUGAUGAUAGAUUAACAGCGCUGCCUACCCUACCAGGCCUCUCCCUUGUUAGUGUACAGAAGCUAAACUCGAAUCUCAUAUUUUCUGACUCUUCAAAAUACGUGGAUGCUUUUCAAAUCAAAUCAAGAAGUCGUCAGAAAUCGAUGACCGCUGCCAAAGCCGAUGAAAUUUUUCUCAAGUACAAAACUAAAAGGGUUUCUUAAGUUUGUAUCAGUGGCAAAUUUUUGACACGGAAGUUUCCUGUGCACCGAGAGAAAUAUUAAAUUUUACAUUAGUUUUUAUGCAGUGUUCAGACUUUUAUUCGAUCGCAAUGGGCAAAUGAACUGAAAUGUCGGCAAAAUAAUUUAUAUCCGAUCAGAUCAAUGUAAAGAACUGUUCGUCAUGUGAACUGUGUGGAAAACAUAUAUGUAUACCGUCUAUCAAUAUGAAUAUAUAUUUUAUGAGAAACAUAAUCAAAAUAUUAUAAGUGAGGACACGAUCAAAUUAGUCUAUGUUUCCACGAUUUAAAAAAUAAUGGAAGUAGAUAUACUCGUCUCCGAGUUCAAUUUUAUAACAUGAUUUUCGAUUUUAAUUAAAACUGUGGAAGAUAUUAGAUUAUAUUUAAAUUCUUUCUGGUAAGUGUCACUCAAUUAUCUAAAUGUCCAUUUCAAAAAUUGAACAUAUAACGAAGUUAUGAAAAUUAUUCGAAUAAAUUAAAUUUAUUGUUACCGUAUUUCGAAUGCCCAUCACGAAUAGAUCUCUUAAACGUGGCAAAGAUAAUAUAUAUAAAUGAUGUAUGUAAAUGUAUUGUAUGUGUACACAUAUAUUUUUAUAGAUAAGAUUUUAUUCUUUCAAAUCACUAA